AUGUCGAAUUUUUUCCAGAGGACUCAGAUACAGACUGCUAGGCCCACCAUCCCGACAAACACGUCUUCCAAACAGCCUGUCUCACAGACUCCUCUAGCCGUCUACCCAACUAAUCAGCCAAUCAUGAAGCCCAUGGCACCCAUGCCUUUCCCUUCCCUGCGGGCUGCACAGCUUAAAAACCUUGGGGCCCGGCGACCACCACCCAGGAAGAUCAUCAUGGGCCUGUCUUUGCACGACGAUGUUCAGCUGAAGAAAUCAGAGAAUGCCUGGAAACCAGGCAUGAAGAGGGAAAGCCUCCCAGCGGAACCAGAGUCCAACAAAACACAGGACCUGUUCAAGAAGGUCCGCAGCAUCUUGAACAAGCUGACGCCGGAGAAGUUCAGCCAGCUGGUGAAGCAGGUCUGGGACCUGACCAUCGACACUGAGGAGCGGCUCAAAGGAGUCAUCGACCUGGUGUUUGAAAAGGCCAUCGACGAGCCCAGCUUCUCGGUGGCCUACGGGAAAAUGUGCCGCUGCCUCGCCACGCUCAAAGUGCCCAUCACUGACGCUCCCAACAACACAGUGAACUUUCAAAAGCUGCUGCUAAGCCGCUGCCAGAAAGAAUUUGAGAAAGACAAGGUGGAUGAUGUGGUGUUUGAGAGGAAGCAGAAGGAGCUGGACUCUGCUGCAUCGGUAAGUACGGAGCGUGACCGACUUCAGGUAGAGCUGCAGGAGGCCAAGGACAUUGCCCGGCGGCGAUCCAUCAGCAACAUAAAGUUCAUUGGUGAACUGUUCAAGCUAAAGAUGCUAACAGAGGCCAUCAUGCAUGACUGCGUGGUGAAGCUGCUGGGGAACCACGACGAAGCUUCCCUGGAGUGUCUCUGCAGGCUGCUCACCACCAUCGGCAAGGACUUUGAUUUAGUGGAGGCCAAGCCUCGGAUGGAUCACUAUUUUAAGCAGAUGGAAAAAAUCAUCAGAGAGGGGAAGACGUCUUCACGCACAAGGUUCAUGUUGCAGGAUACCAUAGACCUAAGAUUGCACAAAUGGGUGUCAAGAAGAGCCAACCAGGGUCCAAAGACAAUUGAUCAGAUCCACAAGGAGGCAAAGCUUGAAGAGGAAGAGGAGCAGAGAAAAGUGCAGCAGCAACUGUACUUCAAGGACACCAGGAGACGGCCAGAUCCAAGGGAGCAGAGGGAGCAGAGAGAGCAGAGACAGCAGAGAGAGCAGAGACAGCAGAGAGAGCAGAGAGAGCAGAGACAGCAGAGGGAUCAGAGGGAUCAGAGAGAGCAGAGAGAGCAGAGGGAGCAGAGGGAUCAGAGGGAGCAGAGGGAGCAGAGAGAUCCGCAAGUACAGGGAGAGGAGACCUGGAAAACUGUGCCCAUGAGGAAGAAUGGCAGGACCAUCGACCCCAACAAGAUCCCAAAGAUCUCCAAGAUGGACGAGAAGAUCCAGCUGGGCCCUCACGGAAGUCGUAGCCGUACAGAAAAAAAGUGCAGCAACAAGCCGCUGAUCUCUGCACCGAAAGUCACUGAGGUCGAAUCUGAGCCAGAGCGCAGCAGAGUCCGAGAGCCUGUGAAACCUGAGCCUGUUCAGACGAGAGAGAAACCUGCUCGGUCUGAGGAGGAGAUCGAGAGGAAGUGCAAGUCCAUCAUCGACGAGUUCCUGCACCUUAAAGAUUUCAAGGAGGCUGUCCAGUGUGUGGUGGAGCUUGAUCUGGGCUCUCAGUCGCACAUCUUCAUACGCGUGGGGGUGGAGUCGACUCUGGAGCGCAGUCAGAUCACACGGGACCACUUGGGCCAGCUCUUCUUCCAGCUGGCGCAGAAGGGAAUCCUGCCCAAACCCCAGUUCUACAAAGGGUUUGCAGACACGCUGGAGCAAGCGGACGACAUGGCCAUCGACGUUCCCCACAUCUGGCUGUACCUGGCUGAGCUGCUCAGCCCUGUGCUGAAGGAGGGGGGCUUCUCUAUGAGAGAGCUCUUUAGUGAAUUAAGCAAACAUUUGCUUCCUGUGGGAAGAGCUGGGAUCUUGAUCUCUGAAAUACUGCUCAUACUAUGCAAACAAAUGGGCCAUCGUACUGUGGCUUCUCUGUGGGAAGAAUCAGGCCUCAACUGGACGGACCUUCUGCCGGAGAAAGAGGAUGUCCAGGCUUUCAUCUCACAACAGGUCAGUGAUGAAGAUGAUGCGCCAAACAUGCAGGCUUUGAACAGCCUUGCAGAGUCAGAGACUGAGCUGGAGACAGCCGCUGUUGAGCCUUCUCUCAUGCCCCCCGCUUCACUACAGGCCCAAGCCUCUAGUCCUGCUUACAGAGAGGCCUCCUCUGAAACUUUACCUGCUGACACCACUCCUCAACAGAACCCAGACAUCGAAGCCAGGACAACUCUGGGAAGCCGUACAGGCAGGAAGCGCAGGAAGAACAGAAAGCGCAGCGCAAAGCCGCUGAGCUCUGCACCGUCUCAGCCUGAUCUGUACACCAGGGGAAGCAGCUCAAAGGAGCUGCUGGAGAGUCCAACCCCGGAGGAGCCGCCAAGAGACAAGGAUGCGCCAAACCGGCAGGCCAACCCACCUGAAGCGGCCAACUCAAGUGAGCGUCCCUCAGCCAAGGAACCAGCUUCUUCUCACUUGUCCUCAGUCGAGGAGCUGAAACCCUCUUUGGUGCCACCUCAGACUCUGAACACAGACAAGCCUCUCUUAGACGCCCCUGGAACUCUGGCUGCCUUGUCUGGAGCAGCCCCCACGGCUUUGAACAGCCUUGCAGACCGUACAGGCAGGAAGCGCAGGAAGAACAGAAAGCGCAGCGCAAAGCCGCUCAGCUCUGCACCGUCUCAGCCUGAUCUGUACACCAGGGGAAGCAGCUCAAAGGAGCCAACCCCGGAGGAGCCGCCAAGAGACAGCGAGCCAGAGGGAGCUGUGCCUAGGAGACCGAAUGUCUCAGAGCACAAACCUGAGCCAGAGGGCAGCAGUGUCUCUAGUCCUGUUUACAGAGAGGCCGCCUCUGAAACUUUGCCUUCUGACACCACUCCUCAACAGGACCAAGACUUCGAAGCCAAGUGUCUGAAGGAGAACCUGACUGAAUCUCACCUGAGCUCGUUUCCCUACCUGAGGGCGUUGAUGACGGCUGUGUGUAAGGCAGCAGUGAAAAGUAAGCUCUCCACCAGCCGGAUGCACACGGCCCUCAUUCAAAAGAGAUUACCUGUAUUGCUCCAGUACCGGAACUCAGAGAGUGAGCGACAGCUGCAUGCUCUUCAGGAACUUCAGUCGCUGAUCGUCGCCCUCGAUCAUCCUCCAAACCUCCUCAAGAUAUUCUUCGAGUGUAUGUACGACGAGGACGCAUUCUGCAAGUCGGGGACCAGAAAAGACCCGGCCAAUCAGCUGGAUAAGGGCGUGGCCCUGAAGACCGUCACAGCCUUCUUCACAUGGCUGCAGGAGGCGGAGUCGGAAGACAAUUGACGAGUUUGGAUUCCAAACUUUUGCAACGUUCCGCACUUUUUAAUUUAUUAAUAAUAAAAGGUAGUUAAAAAUG